AUGGCCAGAAGAAGAAGUACUCGGUCCCGUUCCAACGAUUCUUCCGAUCCGGGAGACGCUGCGUUGGAAGUGCACCAACAGAUCUACAAGCUCAAGAAGGAUCGAAAUGAAAGCAGCAGAGCUGCGAGUGAGAAAUACGGUGUUGCCCUGGCAGAGAUUCAGGCAAGGGCUAGUGCCUGGCUUGAAGACUUGCAGUGUCGACGAACACAGAGAAUGUUACAAUGCCUGACGGAGAUUAUCGAAUUGACGGAGCGCAGAGAGGCUAUCGAGGCCAAGAUGGCUGAUGUAGUGGCCAAGGCAGAUGCAAAGGUGGAAGAAUUGGAGGCCAUGAUGAUGGCAGGGUACGCAGGAAGAGAAAAAGAUGCAGCUGCAGCUCUGGAGAAAGUGGCAGGGCACCAGCGUGGAAGCUGA